GUAAAUUCAAACGGACUCCUGUCGUUCCAAACGGAGAUCCCAAGAUUUAUAAACAUAGAAUUUCCAUUAGAUUAUCCGAUCAUUGCACCUUUUUAUUCUAACGUGGAUACUACGACGGCAGGAACUGUAUCUUACUACGAAACAGAAAAUCCAGGAUUAAUACAGAGGGCAACAGAAAAUGUCCAUGAUUCAUUCUUGAACUUUGCUGACUUCCAAGCUACUAGUUUACUUAUAGUUACAUGGCAAGGUGUUGGCUACUUCAACAAUGGAUCCGAUAAAGUAAAUACCUACCAAGUUGUCAUUUCCACCGAUGGUGAGCAGUCGUACGUUGAAUUCUUAUACCCUGAAAACGGGAUUCAAUGGAUCCAGGGCACAGGGGAUGAAUCAGGUUUACCAGAUGCCCGAGCUCAAGCGGGAAUCAUUUCACCUGAGGGAAAAGUGUUUUCACUACCUGGAUCCGGAACCGAACAAGUGAAAAAUUUAAAAGAAUGGACAAAUAUGGGAUUGGAGGGUCAGUUUAUCUAUAGGAUUGAUCAAUUGGAAAUUGUUGAACCCGAUGUCGAUUUCGGUGGUAAAUCUGAUGAGGACGACAACACCUGUGCCAGCGCUAAAACUUUGUGUCAUAUCCAAGCGAGAUGUAUAGACUACGACGAAGGAUUUUGUUGUGAAUGUACUCCAAAACACUAUGGAAAUGGAAGACAUUGUAUUAAAAAAGGUAAGAAAUGA